CAUUAAUAAUGCUUGGUAUGACGUCGUAUCGCUCUGCUAAAGGAAAUCUAACAUAGGACAUAUGCGAAAGAUAUAUAAGAAGUCGCGGAGCAGGUUCAAUAUUCAUUCCUAAAACCAUAAUAGGCAAAGACCUCUCCACAAAAGGAGUGUACAAGAUGCAGCCCAUUGUUACAAAUAACGUCCUGAUCAAGGACAACAGAAUCACUUACGGCAUCCACGGCACCGGCCAGCCAGUUGUCCUCCUGCACGGAACACCCUCAUCAUCCCUGCUCUGGAGAAACGUAGUCCCACGCCUUACAGAAGCCGGAUUCAAAGUCCAUGUUUUCGACCUGUUGGGUUAUGGUCUGUCCGAGCGCCCAUGGGACCCAAAUGUUGACACAUCAAUGUCUGGCCAAGUCCCGAUUCUCGAAGGUCUGCUAGCACAUUGGGGUCUGGGCACAUUCCACCUCGUGGCACACGACAUUGGCGGCGGUAUUGCCCAACGUUUUGGGAUCUUUUACCCGCAUCGGCUACGCUCGUUGACACUCAUCGACGUUGUGAGCUUCGACAGCUAUCCAUCGAAGAGAACGAGAGAACAAAUGAAGAAUGGCCUGCAACAACUGAUCGACGCAGGUGACCCUGAUCAUCGUGCGCAUUUCAGAGAAUGGCUCUUGGACUCUGUACAUGAUAAGCAGAAGUUUGCAGAUGGUAGUUUGGAAACUUUCUUGGAGUAUAUCUCUGGACCGAUCGGCCAGGGGAGCCUGUUUCAGCACCAAGUGCGACAUUAUGAUCCGGUACACACAAUGGAAAUUGCGGAUCGGCUUCAUGAGCUGGGAAAGAUACCUGUUAAGAUUAUAUGGGGUGCCGAUGAUGCGUGGCAGGUUGUUGACUGGGCAUAUAAACUGAACAAGGCGAUUCCUGGAUCGGACUUGGAGAUUCUCGAGAGUUGUGGGCAUUUUUCACCAGAGGAUCAGCCUGAGAAGCUGUCGCAGAUUAUACUGUCGUUCUUGUAUCUCCAUCAGAAGUAGUCGAAGUCUUACAUUGUC